GUGACUUUAAUGGGUUGGCAAAUUCUUUUUCACCAGCUUUCACCUGUUCUUCAUGUCACACCCCUGCAGACAAAGCUUCCUGGUGUAGCUUUUUACUUUUACAUAGCACUGUUAGCUUAACAGUUGAAUCAAUAGCAAAAUUUUUCCCACAGAUAUUACUAGAACACAGACAAGGCCAUGUAUGCCGUUGUUGUCUUGAAAGAUUCGAAUGAAGUGAUGGUGGCAGCAUCAAACUGGUUGACCCCAGACAAGACUCGAUGUUAUUGGCCACCAUUCAAAUCACCAGAUAAAUGUUCAGACGCUCUUAUGAACAGAAUUCAGCCUUUAAAAGGAGGAAAACCAUGGGAGAUGCUAAACAUUCAAUUUAUUGGAGAACAUGUCACACUGGAACAGGCUCAGAAGGCAAAAGAUGUAAUUAAACAAACAUACCGUAUCACUGGGAUCGUAAAAAAACCAAGACUUGAAGAUCCUCAAGAAAUGUCCAAAAAUCUGUUUAAUCCACCACCAUCCACAUCUACAUCUACAAUACCAGCUGAUGACAAGGAAGAGAUCCUCCAAAUGCUGAGAGAAAUCAAGACCAAGGUUCAGGAAAACUCUACCAUGUUAAAGAAGCUAGUAAAAAAAGAGAAACCGGUUUCUGAUCCAGCACCCAGCAGCACAAGCACGCCCUCUAAAGACACUACAUUAAACCUAAAUCUACCCCUUAAAACAUUUGAAGAUGUGGAGAGAACUGAACAAGAGCUGAAAAAGGCAAAAAUGCGCACCAAAUAUAUUAAAAAUCUGUCAGGACUUGGAGGGGUUGGACCGAAGGAAGUGACUAAGAAUAUAAUGAAGUGCGUCCUAACAGAUGAUCUGGCUAAAGAGUUCAACUGGCAGGGGAGAGGUGAAAAAAGACCCUUCUCUCGUCUUGCUUUAGCAGAUAUAAUAAAAGAGGCUGCAACUUUCAAACGAAAUAUCAUAAAAAAAGAAGACUGUGAAGCUGAAAUCAAGAAGUAUUUGAAUUACACGGCUGAUCGAAUCAAUAGGAAGAGACAAAGACAAGUGGGUCCUGGACCUGAGAAUCCAGAUAGGAUGUUUUUUAUUGCCUCCCAGUCUGAAACAGCUAUUAUUAUAUAGAUUAUAUGAGUUUGGAUUAUGCAGGCCUACAGUAAAACACUAAAGAUCAUUAAACAUUGUUUUUGUGGAGAACUGUAGAUAGAUUAGGAAGAAAUUAUGAAAUAUUGAAAAAAUGGGUUUGACUGUGAAUUAAUAUUGGACACCAAUGGCCAAUUAUCUUUUUUUCUGUCAUUAUUUUCUUAAUAUUGAUAUAAAUAGCCACAAUGUGUGCAAGAUCAGGCAGAAAAUAAAAAACAGAGAAUGGGAAACAAGAA